GGGGCUCCCUUGGAGCCAGUCUUAGCUCACCGGCCCACUAUAUAAUAAUGCCAUCGAUCACAUUGCACUGUCUUACUAGCUCCUUUCUCACGAGCUCACCCCUCCUAAUCCAGCAUGAACAGCUACUAUUACUACAAUCGGCGCAACCAGUGGAAAUGGUGGUCGGGGAGAUUGGGGAUGUGGCUCGAACCUACUACGGAUGGUAGACGCUAUCCUGCAGUUAAUAUAGUAAUAUUAACUCCGGACACCUUCCGUUAUGCGGUGGCAAUACAUGCGUUGGGAGACAAACCAAUAUUAACCAAACCCCCUCAGGAUAACUCUCCCGACCAUGUGAUCUCGAUCAAAGAUAUGAAGGAAUGGCAAUCGCGUUGGGACCGGGCUGCUCCACACAAGCUGUUGGUGUAUGAGUUCUACGACAAGAAAUCCACACUGUACAAGGCCAUGGACGAGCUGUUGGAGGACCUCGCCAAGAAGUAUAAAGGCCAGGCAGAGUUCUGCAAGUUGGACGUCGACAACUUCGAGCUUUUGGCGCGGAUUUGCGGAGUGGAGGGAGCGUAUCCGACGUUCGUGCUAUUCAAGAACUGCAAGCAGGUGGGCAAGGUCGUCGGCCUCAAGGAAGACGAACUCCAGCAGAGCAUCAAGAAAGCGCUGACUGACUAGCUAGUACUCAAUAAUUUUCGUGUGAAGACAUAUAAUAUGGCGUUCAUAUAUAUACGCAUCAGGAGUGCGAGGUACAUGUUGUACAUGCUACGUAGAAUAAGCAUGGUACGAAACUUGUCGAGAGAUGUUGAGUAUUAGAUGUAUUUAUCUCUGUGGUCGACCACACAAUAAUCUAUUCUGCAGCCGGACGGGUGAAUCCGACUGAGCCACCGGCAAACCGUGGUCCAACCCGUUGUGCUUCUGCAGCUCAAAGCCUC